AUGGAUCCUCAACAGAGUCAACCCUGCAAGGGUGCAGCAUACCCAACAAAGUAUCGUCGAAACCAACCGCGUUCCAAGAACGGAUGUCUUACUUGUCGUAGCAAACGCAAAAAGUGUGACGAAACAAGGCCUCGUUGCACCUCUUGUGUUCGUUCUAACCAAACUUGUGUUUGGCCAAGCAAAGAUGAACAAGAAUCGCCGCCGAGCAACUCGGUUGGCAACACUUCAGAUUCGACUAGCUCCACCUCCGAGCGAAGACGAUCUCCAAAUGAAGACCCACAGACAGCAAUCUCGGACCUCAGCCUAGCCAUGGAGUCAUUGAUCUUCCAGAGGUUUUUCUUUGACUGGGCUACUUUGGGAAACACAUCUGGUGGUUAUACAAUGAGCUGGUUUGCCAACUUGUUUCAAAUCUACACCAACGCGAGCAUCGACAGUCUCGUGCACAAAUCUAUCAACGCCCUGGCCAAUGCAAGUUAUGGACAAAGAUUCAAUUCACCUGAAGCAUUGACAAAAGGGAACAAAUGGUAUGGAAGGGCGAUCCAGAUGUUGAAAGUCAAAUUGCUUUCCAUUAACGAUUCAUCAUCAUACUGUGAUGUCGUAUCAGCCAUUACUCUGCUCGGCAUUUACGAGGGUCUAAUGCAUGAAUCCAUUGCACUCGAGGGUUCUUGGGUGUCCCAUAUGACUGGCGCCUCCACACUGUUGAGUCUUCGUGGACAAGACAAGAUUAUAGAGUCGCCAGCGGAGUUUGAAAUUUCAGCAGUCUGCUUCUUGCAAAUGAUAUACGGCAGCUUUCUGAAUGGCCAAGCUCCUCCUGUACCAUGGACAUCGGUAAACAAGCUGGCGUUGCCAAAAUCGCCAGCCUUUUACGCACACAUAGAACUCAUUUAUGAAGCUGCAUGCCAAUUCGCUGAGUGGAGAACCGCUUUGCUUGAUUAUGAUUCAGAUGAGGGUUUGGAGAGGUUAUCGAAUGUCGGGAAAAAAGCCUCAAUAUUGGACAGGCGGUUCGAGGAAUGGGACGAAAGUGCGCCCGAAUCGUUGAGAUACAAGACAGAUCCGCUACCACUUGAACCUCACCCUGAAUGGGUACAGCCUUUGAUCAACAGUCCAUGGAGACCUCUCAACUACCACACUUACUCCACAUUGAUGGUGCAGAUAAUUUGGAGAUUCUACUGGAUGGCUCGAGGUAUCAUCAACCAAGCACUCUUGUUCACAUAUGAUAUUCUCCGAGAACGGAAAGGAAACACCGAUCCCAGUAUCCCUCGCCGAACCGACAUUGAAGACCAGAUUUUGUCAUUCACCGAUCUAUUAUGCGAGUCUUGCGUAUCGACUUUCGUCACUAUUUCCAAGGGCGAUCCGCAGAUGGAGGCCGAAAAAGUACCAACUCUCUUGGGGUACCUCAUUCUGCAAGUUCUGCCCGCUCUCGGACUGUUCUAUGAGCAAAUUGUUUUCACCGGCGUCGAUUCUUUUGGUAGGAGAGAAUGGGUGGCCAAGAUGAGACACUUCCUUCGGGUCCACUUUGGUAUAGCAAAGGGUAUUACUGCGAUACCCCCUUCUCAUGUCGGAAAGAUUCCGAUUCAGACUUGGGGUCUUCCAGAUGAGUUUCCACGAGGUAGCAAGUAA